ACCUGUAUGGAUUAUUUCGCUACAACCCCAUGAUGCUUGGACUGGAAUCCCUCCCAGACCCCACGGACACCUGGGAGAUUAUAGAAACCAUUGGCAAAGGCACUUACGGAAAAGUCUACAAGGUAGCCAACAAGAGAGAUGGGAGUCUGGCGGCUGUGAAGAUCCUGGACCCCGUGAGUGAUAUGGAUGAGGAGAUCGAGGCUGAGUACAACAUUCUGCGGUUUCUCCCUAACCACCCCAAUGUCGUGCAGUUUUAUGGGAUGUUUUACAGAGUGGAUCGUUGUGUCGGAGGACAGCUGUGGCUGGUCCUGGAGCUGUGUAACGGGGGCUCUGUCACUGAGCUUGUCAAGGGCCUCCUGAGACGUGGCGAGCGGCUGGAUGAAGCUGUGAUCUCCUACAUUCUGUAUGGAGCCCUCUUGGGCCUUCAGCAUCUGCACCACCAUCGGAUCAUCCACCGGGAUGUGAAGGGGAAUAACAUUCUUCUGACUGCAGAAGGAGGAGUUAAGCUCGUUGACUUUGGUGUCUCUGCUCAGCUUACAAGCACACGCCUACGGAGAAACACAUCAGUUGGGACCCCAUUCUGGAUGGCCCCUGAGGUCAUUGCUUGUGAACAGCAGUAUGACUCGUCCUAUGACGCUCGUUGUGACGUCUGGUCUUUGGGCAUCACAGCCAUUGAGCUGGGAGAUGGAGACCCUCCCCUCUUUGAAAUGCAUCCUGUGAAAAUGCUCUUUAAGAUCCCAAGAAAUCCUCCCCCCACUUUGCUGCACCCAGAAGAAUGGUGUGAGGAAUUUAACCACUUCAUUUCACAGUGUCUUAUUAAGGAUUUUGAAAAGCGGCCUUCGGUCACCCAUCUCCUGGACCACCCGUUCAUUAAAGGAACUCAAGGCAAGGUUUUGUUUCUGCAAAAACAGCUGGCCAACGUGCUCCGAGACCAGAAGCGUCUGAACCCUGUUGCUAAAACCAGGCAUGAAAGGAUGCAUACCAGAAGACCCUAUCGAGUGGAGGAUGCUGACAGACACUGCCUCGAGGACGACUUGGUCAAUCUCGAGGUCCUGGAUGAGGACACAAUCAUCUACUGGCUGGAGAAGCGGUAUGCAGAUGCGCUGAUCUACACCUAUGUGGGGGAUAUUCUAAUCGCCUUAAACCCCUUCCAGAAUCUAAGCAUAUACUCUCCACAGUUUUCCAGGCUUUAUCACGGGGUGAAGCGAGCCUCGAAUCCUCCCCACAUAUUCGCAUCAGCAGACAAUGCUUACCAGUGUUUGGUCACUUUCAACAAAGACCAGUGCAUCGUCAUCAGUGGAGAAAGUGGAUCGGGGAAGACAGAAAGCACCCACCUCAUCGUUCAGCAUCUGACUUUCCUGGGAAAGGCCAACAAUCAAACCUUACGUCAGAAAAUCCUCCAAGUGAACUCCCUGGUGGAAGCCUUUGGGAACGCCUGCACGGCCAUCAAUGACAACUCCAGCCGGUUUGGAAAGUAUCUGGAAAUGAUGUUCACACCAACUGGAGCUGUGAUGGGUGCGAGAAUCUCCGAGUACCUCCUUGAAAAGUCCAGAGUUAUAAAGCAGGCCGCGGGAGAGAAAAAUUUUCACAUAUUUUACUAUAUUUAUGCUGGCCUUUAUCACCAAAAGAAACUUUCUGAGUUCAGACUUCCUGAGGAAAAGCCUCCUAGAUACAUAGCUGCUGAAACUGGACGAGUCAUGAAGGACAUCACGUCCAAGGAGUCUUACCGGAGACAGUUUGAGGCGAUCCAGCAUUGCUUCAGGAUUAUCGGGUUCACCAACAAGGAGGUUCAUUCCGUGUACAGAAUUCUGGCUGGGAUUUUGAAUAUCGGGAACAUUGAGUUUGCAGCUAUUGCCUCUCAGCACCAAACGGACAAAAGCGAGGUACCCAACCCUGAAGCUUUGGAAAAUGCUGCCUAUGUACUCUGCAUCAGCCCUGAAGAGCUUCAGGAGGCUCUCACGUCCUACUGUGUGGUCACCCGAGGCGAGACCAUUGUGCGAGCCAACACCGUGGACAGGGCUGCAGACGUCAGGGACGCCAUGUCUAAGGCCCUCUAUGGGAGACUCUUCAGCUGGAUUGUGAAUCGCGUCAACACACUCCUGCAGCCAGAUAAAAACAUAUGCAGUGCCGAGGACAGGAUGAACGUGGGCAUCUUGGACAUUUUUGGCUUCGAGGAUUUCCAGAGGAAUUCCUUUGAACAGCUCUGCAUAAAUAUCGCCAACGAGCAGAUCCAGUUCUACUUCAAUCAGCACGUGUUCGCUCUCGAGCAGAUGGAGUACCAGAACGAAGGCAUUGAUGCUGUCCCUGUGCAGUAUGAGGACAAUCGCCCGCUCCUGGACAUGUUCCUCCAAAAACCCUUGGGCCUUCUUGCCCUUCUGGAUGAGGAAAGUCGUUUUCCCCAAGCAACAGACCAGACCUUGGUCGAUAAAUUUGAAGAUAACCUACGGUGCAAGUUCUUCUGGAGGCCCAAAGGAGUGGAGCUCUGCUUUGGCAUUCAACACUACGCUGGACCGGUACUGUAUGAUGCUUCUGGGGUUCUUGAGAAAAACAGAGACACUCUCCCUGCUGAUGUGGUUGUAGUCCUGAGGACAUCUGAGAACAAACUUCUUCAGCAACUGUUCUCAAUCCCCUUGACCAAAACAGGUAAUUUGGCCCAAACAAGAGCUAGGAUCACAGCAUCUUCAAGAUCUUUGCCUCCACAUUUCAGUGCUGGGAAAGCCAAGGUAGACACCCUGGAGAUGAUCCGUCAUCCAGAAGAAACCACCAACAUGAAGAGACAAACCAUGGCUUCUUACUUCCGGCACUCUCUGAUGGAUCUGCUCUCCAAAAUGGUGGUGGGACAGCCCCACUUUGUGCGUUGCAUUAAACCUAACGAUGAACGCAAGGCCCUGCAGUUCUCCCAAGACAGAGUCCUGGCCCAGCUUCGCUCCACAGGGAUCCUGGAGACAGUCAGCAUCCGCAGGCAGGGCUACUCCCACCGAAUCCUCUUUGAAGACUUUGUGAAAAGGUAUUAUUACUUGGCGUUCCGAGCGCAUCAAACACCACCUGCUAACAAAGAGAGCUGUGUUGCUAUCUUGGAAAAGUCCAGAUUAGAUCGCUGGGUCCUGGGGAAAACAAAGGUUUUUCUCAAAUAUUACCACGUGGAACAAUUAAAUUUGCUUCUGCGAGAAGUCUUAGGCCGAGUGGUCAUGCUGCAGGCAUAUACCAAGGGCUGGCUGGGAGCCAGGAGAUACAAACAAGCCAGAGAGAAGAGGGAGAAGGCCGCCAUAGCCAUCCAGUCAGCCUGGAGAGGAUAUGAUGCUCGGAGGAAAUUUAAGCAAAUCAGCCACAGAAGGGGUGAUUCUGCGGUCCGUGCUCAAGCAGUUCUCCAGACCUCUCCUGAGAAGAGAAGCUGUCCAGAUUCAGAAGCAGAAUCAAACAACGGCCACGAAGAAACUUCAAGUGACUCCUCUGCUAAAGCUGCCACAGAUUGGCAUCCACAAGCCGGGAGUUCCCCAUCAGGCUGUGAUGUUGCCUGGGAACAUGCAUUUAAGGCAGCUGGACGUCCCGAUGCUGAGCUCUCAGUUGCUGGAACCGAUGUGUCAUCUUCCUGGACACGUCACACGGCCCCAGCUCACCAAAGACCAAACACCUGCGAAGGCCCGGCCAAACCUGGUUCGGAAGAUGGGCUCUCCCAGAAGCAGCGCGCACCUCGUAGACGGUGUCAGCAGCCCAAAAUGCUGAGUAGCCCCGAGGACACCAUGUACUAUAACCAGUUAAAUGGAACUCUAGAAUAUCAAGGGAGCCAGAGGAAGCCAAGAAAACUUGGACAAGUCAAAGUCCUGGAUGGGGAAGACCAGUAUUACAAAUGCCUCUCCCCUGGGGCCAGUGCCCCUGAGGAAAGCGACUCCGCCCACCCGUUCUUUUUCUCCUCACCACCCAGAGGAGACUCCGAUGCUCCACACUGAGUUGUGCUUUCCAGCCCCAAAUGUGUCCCAGGCAGUUACAGUUGUGGUAACCGAUCAUCUCACAAGAAAGCGCUGUCACGGGGUCAGCUUCUUUGGACACGGCCUGUGCCUGACCCUCGCUGAACAACUCACAGAUCCCUGAAGAUUCUGUCUCUUAAGCCAGGCGGUGGUGGUGCACGCCUUUAAUCCCAGCACUCGGGAGGCAGAGGCAGGCGGAUCUCUGUGACUUCGAGGCCAGCCUGGUCUACGAGAGCUAGUUCCAGGACAGGAAUCAAAAAAGCUACGGAGAAACCCUGUCUCGAAAAUAAAAAAAAAUAAAUAAAAAUAAAAGAUUCCGUCUCUUCCUCCGCUUCACCUGCCCCGCAGCCGGAAUCAUAGAACCUCUGUUCUCUUCAUCAGGAGAGAAUACCCCUGCCUCAUCGAUGCAGUCAUCCCAGCACCCGACAAUAGAAAAGGGUGGACAGGCCCACCGCAGGCCGGCUCUGGAGUCUGACAACUCGUCUAUUUCUCCACUAAGCGGAACCCGGCAAUCUCUUUCCUGCUCUUCUCUGCCCCUGCCCUCUUUGUUGGGAUUUUCUUCCUCUGCUUCCCCCAGGAUCAGGGCUUCAUUGCUGAGUGCUCUGUUUCCAGGAAGAGCGGUCCAAGAUUUCUGUUUAGAUACAAAAGUCAAAAUCUUUCAGAUUCUCUCUUUGGGGCACAUGGAUGUCUCUGUUGCACGUUGUUGUGGUGAGAGUGUCUUCACCUGUUUCUUCUAGUUUGCCAGCCGUGAAGAGCAGAACGUGGAGGGUGCGAAUGUGGGCCUGGGCAAAGGCAGGCCCCCUGAUUUUGUCGCUGUGUUCCCAGGUCAGCUGUCUCCAUAGGCUGUGACGGAUGGCAGAGGAGAGAUCUCGCCUUGCCCAUCUCUGUGUUCCUCAGACCUAGCUCAGGGCCUAGGAGAGUAGACACCCACAUAAGAAGGAAUUCGUUCACAGCAGCGUGGCUGGCAGGGGAGUUACUAAUAUCUGAUAGAUGAGUGACCCUUUUCUUAUAUUUAAGCAAGCUCUGAUGUUUUGCUCAAGGUUAAGCUGUUUGUAUUGUAAUUGUAAUGACAAUAUAUGGUGUCAUACUCAAUAUAUUCAAUACAAGCAGCUUCCUUGAGCACAAACAAUUCAUGUAAGCUGCUAUGUGCUGGGAAAGCAAAAACCCCAUCUAAGACUCCUCUAGAGCAGAUGUUCUUAAAUUUUCUUUCUCCAAAAUACUUAGCUGAUUUAAGAAAAAUACUUCAAAGAUAUAGAAAAAUAUUACUAUCAGAUUUUUCUUUAAUGGAAGGCAUUAUAAAUAUUUCCCAUAGAGAAACAAUUAAGUGAAGUUGGUGUGUUAACUUUCCCUAUGCCAAAGUGAAGAAGCCUCUAUGACUCCAGACAAGACAAUAAAUAGUGAUAGACCCAAGAAAAGAAUCCACCCAAGUUGAGCUUGUUGAACCAGUGGAUUCAGCUGGGCUUCCUGGGGCUGGAAGGAUGAAACAGAAGUUAAGAGCACUUGAUCUUUCUUCUUGUUGUUGUUGUUGUUUUGUUGUUGCUGCUGUUUUUCAAGACAUAGCUUCACUGUGUAGCCCUGGCCAUUCUGGAACUCACUCUGUAGACCAGGCUGGCCUCGAACUCAGAGAUUUGUCUGUCUCUGCCUUCUGAGUGCUGGGAUUAAAGGUGUGCGCCACUACUACCAGGCAGGAGCACUUGUUCUUACAGAGAACAUGGUUCAGUUCCCAACACUCACGUGUGGGCCCACAAAUAUCUAUAACUCCAUUUCCAGGGGAUUUGACACCCUCUUCCAAGCAAGGCACACAUGUGGUGCAUAUUCAUACAUGCAAGCAAAACAUUCAUACAUAUAAAAUAAAAUAAACCUAAAAAAGUAAUUGGGAUUAUAUACAGGAGCAUGGGUGAAGGGCUGCUUACAGAGCAAUGGACACUUUACGGAGAGCUAUUCCUUGGUGGUAACCAAGGAAUACUACCUCCCCAUAGCAACAGCUUCCCCUCAGGGAGGGGCAGGGUCCUGUACACACCCUUGAACACCUUCCACACUUCCACAAGGAAACAUUAGUGAGUGCUCUGUUGCCCUGAAUUCAAGAUGGCAAUGGCUACAUCAUGCCCAGAGGACAGAGUUCCACAGCUGAGACUUGUAGAGAGCUCAGAAAUUAUUGGGGCUAGAGAGAUGGCUCAGCAGUUAAGAGCAUUUCCCUGCUCUUCCAAAGGUCCUGAGUUCAAUUCCCAGCAACCACAUGGUGGCUCACAACCAUCUGUAAUGAGGUCUGGUGCCCACUUCUGGCCUGCAGGCAUACACACAGACUAUUGUAUACAUAAUAAAUAAAUAUUAAAAUUAAUAAAAGAAAAUUUAAAAAGAAAUUUUAAUUGUCUAAGAAAUAGCUACAGACAAUUUUAGCAGCUACACUGUGCUUUAAAAAAAAAAAGCUAAAUCUUGGUUUUUUUCCAGAUCUUCCUUUGAAAAGUAAUGUUUAUAUGCUGCGAGAAUAGAGCAGACAAAACAAAACUUAGUUGCUUAAGAAAUAAUGCUGAGGGCAUUCUGUGAGAGACUACUUGCUUAGCACGGGCAGGGCUUAAUCCCCGAGAACAAGAAAGACGAUGAGAUGAGAGAGGGGAGAGAGAGAGAG